GCUAUAUUUGCUUGAGGCCGACCAGUUCUGACAUCGCCGACGUGAGAGAGAUGGCGACGAUGGCUUCGAAGCAGCGGUCGGCGGCAGCGACGUGGCUGCGGUGGUUCAUCCUCUUCAUCGGCGCCGUCGUCGUCGUGCAGGUUCUUAUAUAUGCUAAAGCAUCUAAAGAUAGCCUAAAGGAAGUAACACACAAGGUCUACUUCGAUGUCGAGAUUGGUGGAAAACCCGCUGGUCGCAUUGUUAUGGGUCUUUUCGGGAAAGCUGUGCCUAAGACAGCUGAAAACUUUCGAGCUCUAUGCACAGGUGAGAAAGGUAUAGGCAAAAGCGGGAAAACUCUUCACUACAAGGGGAGUGCAUUUCACAGAAUCAUACCCAGCUUUAUGAUUCAAGGAGGUGACUUUACACUUGGAGAUGGGAGGGGUGGAGAAUCAAUCUAUGGAUCAAAAUUUGCUGAUGAGAACUUCAAGCUCAAGCACACAGGACCAGGACUUCUGUCGAUGGCAAAUGCUGGCCCUGAUACCAAUGGAUCUCAGUUUUUCAUCACCACUGUAACAACUAGCUGGUUGGACGGUAAGCAUGUCGUCUUUGGGAAAGUCCUAUCCGGCAUGGAUGUGGUGUACAAGAUCGAAGCAGAAGGGAGGCAGAACGGUUCACCGAAAAGCAAAGUUGUAAUCGCCGACAGCGGUGAACUGCCUCUGUGACACAACUUCGCUCUUCCGCUAAUAUCCCUAUCUACUUGGCGUGCAGCUUCUGAUUGAUAAGUCUGUUAUUGUUCCCGACAUUCUGCUUGGACAUUACUAGAAUUGAUUAUUACAAUGUGCUAAGUUGUGGUUUUCUACAAUUUUCAUUUUGACUGAUCUACUGAAUCAUAUGUCGCCGUCAAAUCAAUGUGAAUCUUUUGAUUUUCAUUUAGGUC